GGAAUAUACAAGUUUCUGAUAAUUAAGAUUUAUAAUAUAUUCAAAAAUGGCAUACAAUCAACCUCCUCCUCCUGCCCAAGGAUAUGGAACAACACCACCACCACCUCCAGCUGGAUAAUUAGGUAAUCAAAUAAAAAAUAUAAUCAGGUUAAUAUCCUCAAGGUUAAUACCCUCCUCAAGGUUAAUAUCCCCCUCAAGGUUAAUACCCACCAUAAGGAUAAUACCCACCAUAAGGAUAAUACCCUCCUCAAGGACAAUAUCCUCCUCAAGGCUAAUACCCUCCUCCAGGACAAUAUCCUCCUCCGGGACAAUACCCCCCUGGACAAUAUCCUCCUACAGGUUAAUAUCCCCCUCAAGGUCAAUACCCACCACAAUCAUAUCCUUAAUAACCAGGAUAUUGCCCACCAGGAGGAUAUCCCUAAUAAGUCCCAGGUUAAUACCCACAAGGUCAGACCACUACUAUAAUUGAAAUUCAACAAUAACCUGCUUAAAAACCUCCUUAAUAAUCCCACGGCGGCGGAGCUGUUGUCGGAGCAGUAAUUGGAGGAGCUCUUCUUGGAGCAGCCUUGGCUGAUAAUCAUCAUCACCAUCAUCAUGGUCAUGGACCAAAUGUUGUUGUUAUUGAAAAAGGACGCAAGCAUCAUUGAUUUAUUGAUAUUUAUGUGCAAUUAUAAAAAGAAAAUUAGGUACACUUGGC